AUGCUCUUCAUGAUUCUCGUCAUCGGCUUUUUGGAGCUUCUCACUAUGCCGUACUUCAAGAGGCUUCUGGUAAUAAUUAUAUUCCGAAGCUCAUGUUAAUGACAAAAUUCCAGAGAAUGGUCCUGCCUCAGGCCAGAAUCGAUUACCUUCACGUCUCGAUGCGCCUGAUCAACGACCUAAUGAAGAAUGUGGCGGUUCUCGAGGAGAAGCUGAAGGACGUCACAGAGUCCGAGAAAGAGCUCCGCGAGCAACUAAAAGCGCUCACCGAUGAACUUCGUCAGGCUCGGCUCAACGAGCAGAACCUGAAAGCGAUGAACGCGGGGAAGGAUGAGCUGCUGCAGGAGGCGAUCGACGCGAAGCUGCAACGGGAGCGGCAAGAAGAGGACUUUACCUUCGAGACGGAUGAGAUCGUCGGCGAGCUAGUGACGGAGGAGCUGAAGAGAAGAGAGCAGUUGCAGCGGGAGACGGAGGCGAGAGAGGCUGAGAAGCAGUUCGACCAGCUCCACGAAGUGUUUGAGACGUUUGAGACCAACUGCGAGUUUGUGGAGAUCCCGCAGAGCUUCUAA